UAGUGACUCAAGUGUUUGAUGUUUUGCUUUCAAGAAUAGAAAAAAUGAUAUUUGGUUCUGAUUGAUGUUGUCGCUUAAUAAAUCCAGUAACAGCAUUCUCUCAUUCCCACUCUUCUGAGAGGAAAAGUCAGUAUCUUCUAUUCCUUAUGCUGACAGUUUCUUGUCAACAAAAGACAUAAAUAUUCCAUGAAUGAAGACAAGUUGAUUUUUCCUGGGCACCCAGGUGGCAAAAUGCAGGGUGUAAUUUCUUCCUCUUCAGUUUCUGUCGCAAAAAAAGUUUCCCACCAUGAUGAUGAACUCUUCAUGCAGCAGAGGGUGCUCUUUUCAGAGAAUCUGAAUGAACUGAAGAAUAUGAGGAAACAGUUGUACUCAGCAGCCGAAUAUUUCGAAAUGUCUUACAGAAAAGAGGACCAAAAACAAUUAGUGAUGGAGGCCUUGAAGGAUUAUGUCCUCAAAACAGUUGUCAAUGCUGUGGAUCACUUGGGUUCAAUGGCUUAUAAGGUCAAUGGAUUUUUGGAUGAAAAUGUCAAUCAAGUCUCAGAAACUGGGCUUAGGUUGUCUUGCGUUGAACAGCGACUUAGGACGUGCCAAGAUUUCGUCACUCAAGGGGGUGUCUUCCAAAAUUCUUUAGCCACAAAAUUUCCCAAGCACCAUAGGAGAUACAUCUUGCCAGACAAGUAUGUUCCCAUCAUGGAUACUGUUGGCCAGUCUGCAUUGAGACAAAGUGCUGAAGAGGAUUUGUAUGAGAUUAGUACAGCAACAACAAUGAAGGAGAUUGCUCCAACAAUUGUCAGUGAAGAGCCUUCUGCAUCACACUCUGCUCAACCUUCACCUGGAGCAUUUCAGUUCACAAGAAUUUCGUCCAAACUUGAGAAAAGAACGGUCUCACCGCAUCGGUUUCCACUUCCACGUUGUGGCUCUCUUGUUAAGAGAUCAAGCACUAUGAACUCUUCUUCUACUGUCAAACAGCGGUACGUCUCGGAGCCCCGAACCAGGAGAACAAUUUCAUUGCCUCUUCAUGCUGAAAGAGACACGAACAAAGACAGUGAUCAGCACUCAGGCAAACAUAAACGUCUGUUUAAGGCAUUGCUUAGCAUGCGCAAGUUUAGAAAGGAUGCCACAUUGUACAAAUAUUUGGAUGAAAAUUAAGAGAACAAAACAGAAAGAGGUA